AUGGGUAUUAACGUCUGUGUGGAGUACUUGCGACCACUGGUCACCCAAUACGGCCUCAGGUCUGUCCUACUGUUCCCCGUCAUGGAAGGGGACAAACAGGUAGAGCACGCAUUGGACGCCACCCGCAAUCCGGUGCUCCGACUCAUACCCCGACUAAACACGGAGUUCCCGGAGCUGUUGAUAGUGUGCGACGUCUGUCUGUGCACUUUCGCACCGGAGGGUCACUGCUGUGUGUUUACGGCCCACCAGAAGAUGGAUAAUAGCGCCUCAGUCGAGAAGAUAGCGACGAUCGCCACCCGAUAUGCGGAGGUCGGCGCCCAUGUGGUGGCGCCCAGCGAUAUGAUGGACACCCGGAUCAGUCACAUACGUAAUGCUCUGAAUGUGGCCGGUUUUGAUACGGUGUCCAUACUGUCCUAUUCCGCCAAAUUUCAGUCAUGUUUUUACGGCCCUUUCAGAGACGCCGCCGGUAUUCACAGAUAUAGUGGACACACAUUAGAGACU